AUGCUGUUCGACCAUCCCCUCUAUGAACAUUUGAAGGAAUAUCGUAUCACCCUUGGCUCCCUGUCUCCACGGAGAAAAGAAAUUUUGGCCGCAAAUGUCGGUAUUAAAGACUUUCACAUUCUCAAAUCGACCUUUGAAGAAGACAUAUCAAAGGAAGGCAUAUCUGACUUGGAGUACGUUACCCAGACUGCCCAGGCCAAGAUUCCCAGCAUUCUAGAACAGCUUGAAAAAGGGAACAAUGUGCUUAUUGCUGCAGACACAAUUGUGUCUUGUGAAGGCAAGGUUUACGAAAAGCCUGAAACAGCUGAGAACCAGUUUGCUAUGCUCAAAGCAUUCCGCAAAGCAGGUCACGUCAAGGUCAUCACAUCUGUACAUGUUGUUAUUUUGAAAAAUGACAAGAAGCACCAUAUCCAUGGACACGAGGUGACUGACUUGCAAUUCAACACCGAGCUCCUGGAUUCAGAGCUCAUGCAUUACGUCAAUUCCGAGGAAGGGUUCCAAGUUGCAGGCGGCUUUCAAUACCAAAGUAUCGGCAACCUUCUAUUUACUGGUCUCCAGGGAGACUACUUCAACGUGGUUGGACUUCCUGCGGCAAAGACGUUCUCCUUGCUUCAGGAGGCAUUGGCUGAGGUUCACUGA